UCGUACAUAGCUAAAUACUAAAACUGAGCCUGUAGCAUACUCUAGUGUGUAUGCAUUGCUUCCCCAGCUAGAAAGCUCGUUCUUCGAGCAUGUCUCGCACAACCAAUCUCUUGCUUACACUCAUCACCAUAAGCAUAUUUCCAUUCGUCACAAAUGGUGCAGUACAGCCCCAGCAUCAUCAGCAUGCCCAUGGCGGUGGCGGUGGCUGCAUCCCGGCUGAGAGGGCCGCCUUGCUCUCCUUCAAAGAGGGCAUUACAAGCAACAACACCGACCUCCUUGCCUCGUGGCAAGGACAGGACUGCUGCCGGUGGAGAGGCGUCAGUUGCAGCAACCGAACAGGCCAUGUCAUCAAGCUUCACCUUCGAAAUCCGAAUGUGACGCUCAACGCCUAUGGCUACUAUGAUGCAUGUGCUGGUGCCAGUGCUUUGUUCGGCAAGAUAAGUCCCUCUCUGCUUUCCUUGAAGCAUCUAGAGCACCUGGACCUCAGCAUGAACUGUUUACUAGGGACAAAUAGCCAAAUUCCUCAUUUAGUGGGCUCCAUGGCGAACUUGAGAUACCUUAACCUCUCUGGCAUACCAUUCAACGGUAGAGUGCCUUCUCAGCUUGGUAAUCUGUCUAAGUUGCAGUAUCUCGACCUUGGCCAACCUGAUUAUUGUUAUGGUACUAUGUACUCAACGGACAUCAACUGGUUAGCGAAGCUACCUUUCCUUCAGUUCCUUAGCAUGAGUGGAGUAAACCUCUCGGGGAUAGCUGACUGGCCUCAUACCCUGAAUAUGAUUCCACCUCUGAGAGUUAUUGAGCUUUCUUCCUGUUCACUUGAUAGUGCAAACCAAUCACUUCCACACCUUACUCUCACAAAACUUGAGAAGCUUGACCUCUCCGGGAAUUACUUUGAGCACUCACUUGGAUCUGGCUGGUUUUGGAAAGCGACCAGCCUCAAGUACCUUGAACUUGGGGGUAACAAACUAUUCGGCCAUUUCCCUGACACACUAGGAAACAUGACGUACCUUCAAGUUCUUGGUAUUUCAUCUAAUGAGAUCACGGACAGGAUGAUGAAAGGAAACCAUCUUAAGAAUCUUUGUAGUUUGGAAAUCAUUGACCUCGCAUAUAAUAAGAUAACUGGAGACAUAGAAGUGUUAAUGGAGAGUUUGCCGCAAUGUACAAGGACAAAAUUGCAGAAGCUGGAUUUAAGUGGCAACAAUUUCACUGGAACUCUGCCAAAUAUUAUUAGUGACUUCAGCAAGUUGAGCAUACUAAGCCUCUCCAAUAACAACCUUGUUGGACCUAUACCACCACAACUUGGCAAUUUGACAUGCCUGACUUCUUUGGAGCUCUAUAGCAAUCACCUCAAUGGAAGUAUACCACCUGAACUCGGUGCUCUUACCAGUUUAACCUCUUUGGACAUAAGAAGGAACGACCUCACUGGGAGUAUACCAGCCGAGCUUGGGAAUUUGAGGUAUUUGACUGAACUUCGCCUCUCCUAUAACAACAUCACUGCUCCUAUACCACCCGAGCUUAUGCAUUCAACUAGCCUAACCUCUCUAGAUCUCUCCAACAAUCAUCUCAAUGGAAGUGUACCCACUGAAAUAGGUUCUCUUAUUAAUCUGACUUCUCUGUACCUAUGGAACAAUGACUUUACUGGUGUGAUCACAGAAGAACACUUUGCAAAUCUAACAAGUUUAAAGGAUAUAGACUUGUCUUCCAACAAUUUGAAGUUUGUACUGGAUUCAGAUUGGCGCGCUCCCUUUACGUUGGAGUCUGCAUCGUUUGCAUCUUGCCAGAUGGGUCCUCUAUUUCCACCUGGGCUUCAGCAGAUGAAAACCAAUGCACUUGACAUUUCAAGCAACGCUCUAAAGGGCGAGAUUCCUGAUUGGUUUUGGUCCGCAUUUUCAAAUGUCACAUAUCUGGACAUCUCUAACAACCAAAUAAGUGGCACCUUGCCAGCACAUAUGCAUAGCAUGGCUUUGGAAAAACUCUACCUCAAUUCGAACCGGCUUACUGGACCAAUACCUGUGUUGCCAACAAAUAUCAACCUGUUAGACAUCUCCAGCAAUUCAUUUUCACAAAUAAUACCAUCAAACCUUGUAGCGUCGCGACUUGAAAUAUUGAGUAUGCAUUCAAAUCAAAUUGGUGGCUACAUUCCAGAAUCUAUUUGCAAAUUAGAACAGUUGAUAUAUUUGGAUUUGUCGAACAAUAUUUUGGAGGGUGAAAUUCCUCAAUGUUUUCACAUCGACAAAUUACAAAAUCUUAUACUCAGCAACAACAGUUUAUCCGGAAAAAUCCCAGCAUUUUUGAAGAAUAACACAGAACUGACGUUCUUGGAUCUGUCAUGGAAUAGGUUCUCUGGAAGAUUACCUACAUGGAUAGGAAACCUGGUCAAUUUACGUUUUCUCGUACUGAGCCAUAAUAUAUUUUCUGAUGAUAUUCCAGCCGACAUAACAAAGCUGGGGUAUCUUCAAUACUUGGAUCUAUCAUGCAACAACUUUUCUCGUGCAAUACCUUGGCAUCUGUCGAACCUAACAUUUAUGUCAACAUUACAAUCAAUGUAUAUGGUUGAAGUUACUGAAUAUGAAACCAGGUUAGGUCCUACCGGAAUUAAAGCUGAUCGCCUAGGACAAAUAUUGUCAGUAAAUACAAAAGGGCAGCAACUUAUAUAUCAUGGAACACUUGCCUAUUUUGUGAGCAUUGAUUUAUCAUGCAACUCCUUGACUGGUGAGAUUCCUACAGACAUCACUUCGCUUGCUGCACUGAUGAAUUUGAAUUUAUCAUCGAACCAAUUGAGUGGACAAAUUCCAAACAUGAUUGGCGCCAUGCAGUCACUGGUAUCUCUCGACCUCUCCCAGAACAAGCUUUCCGGUGAAAUCCCAUCGAGCUUGUCAAAUCUGACAUCUCUGAGCUACAUGGACCUGUCUUACAAUAGUUUGUCUGGAAGGAUACCAUCUGGCCCCCAACUUGAUAUCCUCAAUUUGGACAACCAGUCACUUAUAUACAUCGGCAACAGUGGACUUUGUGGGCCUCCUGUCCACAAGAAUUGUUCAGGAAAUGAUCCUUUCAUCCAUGGAGAUCUCAGAUGCAGUAACGAAGAAUUUGAUCCACUGACGUUUUACUUUGGGCUUGUGCUGGGAUUUGUGGUGGGGCUCUGGAUGGUGUUUUGUGCACUGCUGUUCAAGAAGACAUGGAGAAUUGCUUAUUUCCGGCUCUUCGACAAGGUGUACGAUCAAGUCUAUGUAUUUGUGGCUGUGAAGUGGGCAAGCUUCGCAGAAUAAGCGUUUCUGCUGAAGGGACAAGUGUCUGCUGCAACCCAUUGAAUAAGAGCACUGGUCUAUUAACCAGAGUGUGGAAGAUCUUCAUAAGCGUAUGUUAUAUUGUGUGCCUUGUCUGUACCCCCUAAAUAAAGAUGAAGAUGCUUAGCUCUUCGGAUACAUUUAUGGCUUUACUAUUGUGGUAAUGUAAGACUUCAAUAUUGUUUAGUAAUUUCGAUAAAUGUAAGACUUUACUAUUCUUCUGGACUGUAAUCAUGAGGGUCUUUCCCUGAAUAGUUUGAACAUUUUUCUGCAGUUACAGCAAGUUAGUUUCAAUC